AUGGACGACGAAGCAGCAGCGGGGCCUUCUAGCGAGAUGUCGCGAGGAAGCUCUGCCGCGGCCGAGUUGAGAAGGGACCGAAACUCCGUCAUGAAGGUGAUUUCGCAUUGCGUCGACUUCCAUGGCCCAAAGUUUUGCGGCUAUGCUAACCAUGUGGCGUUGCUCGCAAUCUUGGCUGCCGAUGGACGUUGGGUUUGGCAAUCUCGAUCUGUCGCCGUCCGACAGCUGUUCCUGUGCCAGCCAACAACUGUUUGGCCUUUCCUUGUCUACCAGAAGAAAUCUGACAUGAUGACAGGCAUGCAGUAUUUGCCGGAGAAGAAAGCAGGCAUGCGACGCGGAGAAACCCAAGUGCGGCUUCUGCAAGCAGCGAGGGUUCCAGUGCGACUAUGCGGCGCCGCCCGUGACGAAGUGAGUUCCCUUCCCGCCUACCUCUCCUCUGACUCCGAUAGCAUCAAUGACUGCAUGUCUGUUCCCGGCAGUCCUCUCUCGAUCCCUGCGAACUUCUUCACGGGGGUUAUCUAG